CAUGGGCAGACGUGUCUCGUUGUUGCUUCUUUGGGGGGUCUGGGCAUUGCUCAUGGGUUCAGGCUCUCAGGUGGAUGCAAUGUCGGAGGAGUUCUGCGCCCGAAUUUGCUCGUGGAGCAAUGCACUCUGCUGGAUGUGCACUCCCUUGGUUAGCCAUGGAUAUGCAGAUUUACCAGAAUUGAAGCCCCCGGGCGUCCCGGAGAUGGUUAAGAAGGCCAAGUCCUUCUAUCGCCAACAGAAAGUGGUCGGAGGAAAACCCUUCCAUUAUGGGGAUGCUCCAUGGUUGGCCAGUAUCAAGUACCGUGACGGAAAUGAUUUCUACACAUAUUGCGGGGGCACCCUGAUAUCGGAUCGUUUCGUUCUCACGGCCGCUCAUUGUGUGCAAUUCCAAGCCACCACAGAACUAUUCGUUGGCAUUGGCGACUACGAUCGCAAUAGUGAGGAUCCCGGAGAGGUCCUCUCAGCCGUGGUCAGAAUACACACGCAUCCCAAUUUCAGUACUUUGACGUUUGAGUCCGAUCUCGCACUCUUGGAGUUGGCUCAGCACAUCCGAUUCGAUCGGUACAAGCAACCGGCGGUGUUGGCCCGGCCAGGCACGCAUGUGACCGGACUCCGUUUCAACGUGACGGGUUGGGGAACGCUCAGGGAGAGAGGAGAGUAUUCCGCAAAGGUACGACAAGCCCUCGUUCCCUAUGUGCCUUAUGAGGUGUGUCGAGGAGCGUACAAGGAUCUCUCAAUAACGGCCCGGAUCUUGCCCGGGAUGAUCUGUGCUGGAUGGUUAGCUGGAGGUGGAGAUGCUUGUCAAGGAGACAGCGGAGGUCCUCUGACCCUUCUGGUUCCUAUCAAGAGCCAGGCCAACAAUGCAUCAACACCCACCACCUCCAAAGUCCGCGGGAUUAGUCUUCGGAUUCGAACUAAAGAUCGCCAGAGAUCACGUAGUGGAAAACUGUUGUGGUCGGAUUUGGAUUCCCAAGAAAAAAAGCGUCCCAUGGUUCAAUCAUCGAGCUCCAUGGUGAAUCAUCUACUACACUCCCAAACCGAGUUGCACAAAAGCCGACAAGUGCUUAGUCCCAAGCAUGGCGUACCAACCAUUUUGGGUGUGGUUUCGUGGGGCAUGGGCUGUGGUAGACCCUCAUUUGCCGGGGUAUACACAGAUGUCCGGGCCUAUCGCACUUGGAUCAUUCAAACCAUGGGAGGAGAGCCGGAACAUAUUUGGACAUUGGACUAACAUUGAAUUCCAAAAGAAUUGCCUUUGAUGCCUUGCUUACUACAUAUAGUAAUUAUGAGGGUAAAUCAUCACGUUUAGAUAUUGUGCCAUAUCCCUGUCUUAUGGAAAGAACAUGAGCCGAUGAUCUCACUCAAUAGAGAAGUGUAAAUCUUUGAAAUUUCAUACUAAUGCACCCUCUGGUACUACCAUGAAGUAAGUGUCACCACACUUCUUACUGAUGACAAAAUGUUGGCACCCGUAUUUUUUUGUGUUUUUUUGAAUAUUUUUGUCACUUGCCAUGUAAUGUUAUCUUUAGCAAAUGCAUUUUAGACUUAAAUGGCUUAAAAUAGUUGUUCAAACACGAACACGAAAACGAACCCUAAGACGGCGAACAAUUUUGUCAAUGAAUAAUUGGAGGCACUGGAUGUGCUAAAAUCAUGGUAGUUCUUGCCGCGAUUGUGGCGCAGCCUGGCUAGCUCACACAACUGAAAUCUGAUCCGGUACUUUACACUCUCUAUUGACUUCAGCAAUGGAAUACUCAGUAUUGGUACAUACUAUCAUUUCCAUUGUCUCACAGAACAAGACUCGAGUCGAAUAGAAUAAACAUGUGCUAGUUUCAAGAGAAACGGCAUAAUUCUACUGACCGACCUUUUUCAAGUUAAAGAUGCUACAUUCAAUCACCUCAUGAUCUCAAACGGUACUAGCUUUUUGUAAUCUCAAAGUCAAUAUCCAGGGACACUUUUGCUCAUUUCUAGCACACUUUACAAACUUUCUCAUCUACGUAACGCCAAACUACAUUUUUUGGCAUUUCAAACCCAUUUUAAUGUUAUUUUAUGAUUGAACAAGAUAGCAUAGCGAUUCCAA